AUGUCGCUGGAUGUUUUGCUUAACAAGGAAGAUAAGGACAUAUCCGAUUUUUCAAAGGCCACCACAGAGAGGCGUGCUACAAGUAACAGCAGCAAAGUUGUUGCCGAUGCCAGACCUACCAAAGUGCUAGAUAAGAGGCACGCGUAUCUGGCUCAACUGAACAGUGAGUUUGACCGCAUCAAGAGAAGAGACUCCAUAGAGCAGCUCUAUCAGGAUUGGAAGUUCAUCAACUUGCAGGAAUUCGAGUUGAUAUCAGAAUGGAAUCAGCAGUCCAAGGACUGGCAGUUCGACAACAUCAAUGAUUCUAACGAGCCGCAUUUCAAAAAGUUGUACCGUGACAUGAGCGCAAUUGAUAAGGAAUGGUCAGAAUACCACUAUUUCAAAAAUACAAAUCUAUCGGAUAUAAUCAACGAAAAGGAAGCUGACGAAGACGAAGACGAAGAUGAAGAAGAGCUGGAAGAUGGCGAAGAGGUAAUGGAAGAAGAAGAGGGGAAGAAUAGUAAGCACGUCAACGGGAAAACCGUGCGUGGAAAUGGUGUUCAAAAAUCGAAAAAGAAAGUUUCCACGGCCGCUAUUAAGAGUGAACAAAACAAUGCCGAUGCUGUCGUAACUGCAGAUGGUGACGAGAAGGAAGGUGACGAGAAGGACAAUGAGAACGAAAACGAAAAUGACAAUGACAAUGAUGAUGAAGAAGAAAAUGAUGAUGACGACGAGGAGGAGGACGAGAUGGAAGAUCUUGACGAGGAGGAUUUUGCUGCCUUCGAAGAACAGGACGACAAUGAGGACGAAGACUUCAACCCUGAUAUUGAAAAGAGGAGAAAAAGAUCUUCGUCCUCUUCAUCAUCUACCAAGCUGUCCAUGAACUCGUUAUCUUUAAUAACGUCCAAAAAAAUAAAUAAAAAUAUCACCAUCAACAGCGAUAGGCCCAAAAUCGUACGCGAACUGAUCAAAAUGUGCAAUAAGAACAAACACCAAAAGAUUAAGAAGAGAAGAUUCACCAAUUGUAUUGUCACCGAUUACAACCCCAUCGACUCGAAAUUGAACAUCAAAAUCACUCUAAAGCAGUAUCAUGUCAAGAGGCUGAAAAAAUUAAUCAACGAUGCCAAGAGAGAAAGAGAAAGAGAAGAGGCUCUGAAAAACAACGUUGGUUUGGAUGGUAACGGCCUAGAAAAUGAUGAAGACGGUUCAGAGUCUCACAAGAGGAGAAAACUAAACAACGGUAACGCUAAUGGUAUCGACGAUCCUGCCAAGAGAAAGUUCAAUACUAGACACGGGUUGCCCACUUAUGGUAUGAAGAUGAACGCUAAGGAAGCCCGGGCCAUCCAGAGGCACUAUGACAACACCUACACGACGAUUUGGAAAGAUAUGGCACGUAAGGACUCUACGAAGAUGUCAAGAUUGGUUCAACAAAUACAAUCGAUCAGAUCAACAAAUUUCAGGAAAACCUCCUCACUAUGUGCUAGAGAAGCGAAGAAGUGGCAAUCCAAGAACUUUAAACAAAUAAAGGAUUUCCAAACCAGGGCUAGAAGGGGUAUUAGAGAAAUGUCGAAUUUCUGGAAGAAAAACGAACGUGAAGAAAGAGAUUUAAAGAAAAAGAUAGAAAAGGAGGCUAUGGAACUAGCAAAGAAGGAAGAAGAGGAAAAGGAAUCCAAGAGACAAGCUAAAAAACUAAAUUUCUUGCUGACUCAAACUGAACUGUAUUCGCAUUUCAUUGGAAGGAAAAUCAAAACAAACGAAUUAGAAGGUAACAAUGCCCCCAGCAAUGAUUCAGUAAACCAGAAGAAUAUCGAUAUUUCAGCCUUGGCCCCAAAUAAAAAUGACUUCCACUCUAUCGAUUUCGAUAAUGAAAAUGACGAACAAUUGAGGCAAAGAGCUGCGGAAAAUGCCUCCAAUGCACUGGCCGAAACAAGGGCCAAAGCCAAGCAAUUUGACGAUCAUGCUAAUGCACACGGGGAAGAAGAUGAGGAAGAUGAGUUGAAUUUCCAAAACCCAACAUCAUUAGGAGAAAUAACUAUUGAGCAACCUAAGAUACUAGCAUGUACUCUCAAAGAAUAUCAAUUGAAAGGGUUGAAUUGGUUAGCUAACCUUUAUGACCAAGGUAUCAACGGUAUUCUGGCAGAUGAAAUGGGGUUGGGUAAAACCGUACAAUCUAUUUCUGUUCUGGCUCAUUUGGCUGAGAACCAUAAUAUUUGGGGGCCCUUCCUCGUGGUCACUCCUGCUUCCACUCUGCAUAACUGGGUUAACGAAAUAUCCAAAUUUCUACCCGAAUUUAAAAUUUUGCCGUAUUGGGGGAAUGCCAAUGACCGUAAAGUUCUCAGAAAAUUUUGGGAUAGGAAGAACUUAAGGUAUAGUAGGAACGCGCCAUUUCAUGUUAUGGUCACGUCGUACCAAAUGGUCGUCACUGACGCCAACUAUUUGCAAAAAAUGAAAUGGCAAUAUAUGAUCCUGGAUGAGGCACAGGCAAUUAAAUCUUCACAAUCCUCUAGAUGGAAAAAUUUAUUAAGUUUCCACUGUCGUAACAGAUUACUAUUGACUGGUACUCCUAUUCAAAAUAGUAUGCAAGAACUAUGGGCGCUUUUACAUUUCAUCAUGCCCUCCCUUUUCGACUCCCACGAUGAAUUCAAUGAAUGGUUCUCUAAGGAUAUUGAAUCUCAUGCGGAAGCAAAUACUAAACUAAAUCAGCAACAAUUACGUCGUUUGCAUAUGAUUUUGAAACCAUUCAUGUUAAGACGUGUGAAAAAGAACGUUCAAUCCGAAUUAGGUGACAAGAUUGAAAUUGAUGUUUUAUGUGAUUUAACUCAGAGGCAAGCUAAACUGUAUCAAGUGUUGAAAUCUCAGAUCUCCACCAACUACGAUGCUAUCGAAAAUGCCGCCACAAACGACUCUACGUCCAAUUCCACUUCAAAUUCAGGUUCUGAUCAGAACUUAAUUAACGCAGUUAUGCAGUUUAGAAAAGUCUGUAACCAUCCAGAUCUUUUUGAAAGGGCAGAUGUGGACUCUCCGUUUUCCUUCGCUACUUUUGGAAAAACUACUUCAAUGCUAACUGCGUCCGUGGCUAACAACAACAAUGGUGUCGUAAAUAAUAGCAAUUUGAAUCUCUCUAGCGCGAACAGCAACAAUAUCUCGAAUAGGAAGUUUACAGAUUUGAUUUACUCUUCAAGAAACCCAAUAAAAUACAAUCUACCAAGACUAGUUUAUGACGAUUUAAUCUUACCAAACUAUAAUAAUAAUGUGGAUAUAGUACAGAAAUUGAUAAAUGUGAAAUUCAAUAUCUUCAAUUCAUCACUCAAUUACGAACUGUGCUUACUCUUAUCCAAAUUGACGGGAGAAACAUCGCUGAAUGAAUUUUUCAGAAUAUCCAAUACGCCACUACUCAAAAAAAUAAUUGAAUACAGGGACCGCCCACGAAAUCCCAAUAGUUUGAUACUUACAAAUAAAACUCAAGAAUUACAAGAAGUUGCUAAGAAAUCAUCCUCCAAAGGUGUGAUGGCAUCAUUGCUGAACGUUAAAGAAAUAACUUAUGAAGAUGAAUAUUUGAAUAACAUACAGCGUGGUUAUCAUCCUAAUGUCUCUGCUCCUCCAAUAACCAUUGAAGUUAUUGGUUCCAGUCACAUAUCUAAUAGCAUAAAUAACGAAUUAUUUGACCCGGUAGUAACUCAAGCAUUAUCUGAUAUUCCAGCAAUAACGCAAUACAACAUGCACGUCAACAAAAAAAUAUCCGUUGAGAAUUUCCCAAGGACAGGACUAUUCCCUGAACCACUAAAUAAGAACUUCUCAUCCAACAUUUCUAUGCCGUCUAUGGAUAGAUUCAUUACCGAAUCAGCUAAGCUAAGGAAAUUGGAUGAAUUAUUGGUGAAACUAAAGGCGGAAGGUCACAGAGUCCUUAUUUAUUUCCAAAUGACCAAGAUGAUGGAUCUGAUGGAAGAAUAUUUGACCUAUAAACAAUACAAUCACAUUAGAUUAGAUGGUUCAUCGAAGUUGGAAGAUCGUCGUGAUUUGGUUCACGAUUGGCAAACAAAUCCAGAAAUUUUUGUCUUCCUUCUAAGUACGAGGGCCGGUGGUUUGGGUAUUAACUUAACCGCCGCUGACACAGUCAUCUUUUACGAUUCAGAUUGGAACCCUACUAUUGAUUCACAGGCUAUGGAUAGAGCACAUAGACUGGGCCAAACUAGACAGGUCACAGUAUAUAGACUGCUUGUUCGCGGCACGAUCGAGGAAAGAAUGAGAGAUAGAGCAAAACAAAAGGAACAAGUUCAACAGGUAGUCAUGGAAGGUAAAACUCAAGAAAAGAACAUCAAAACCAUUGAAGUGGGUGAAAAUGAUUCUGAAGUCACUCCUGAAAGUGGUAAAAACAUGAUUCAAGACAAGGUUACAGCAACAGCAAGUGCAUUAGCAUGA